AUGUGGUCCCGGAUUUACCGUCAAGCCACUGGUGAUCUUGUACGUUCCGGAGAGACUGUUUUCAUCCCCGCGGGUAAGGAGGUGUCUCUCGAUUUCGUUGACAGGUAUGUCCGCUUCUGGUCAUUCGCAAGUGGACAUGGUCUAGAGUCACUGGCUGCGGGUGCCGGCAACGCAUUUGAAGGAUCAAUCGUUCCAGAUCAGGUGGCACCAUUUGAUAUCAGCCAGAUCCAUCAAGUAGCAGAAACUUUAGGCAUCAAGACUAAGCUGCAGGGGUUUUCGCGCAAGCGUAAAGAAGCUUUUGGAUGA